UGUGUGUUGAUCCUCAAUCUUCUCAAAAUGAAACGAAAGGAACGUGAAACCGGCUUCGAAGGAUGGGGCGAUUAUAUGGAUGCCAAGAUCUCCAAACUGGAGGACCAGUUUCGGCACAGUACAACCAUCGUCGGGGAAAAGCUAUCGAACCUUUUCGCAGGUAUAUCGAUUUUCGUGAACGGUUACACCAGCCCAUCAGCUGAUGAACUGAAGCGCCUGAUGAUGCUGCACGGCGGUGUGUUUCAUCACUACAAACGUCCAACCACAACGUACACGAUCGCAUCGAACCUGCCCGAUGUUAAGGUGCGUUCGAUUACGUCCGAAAUCAUCAUCAGCCCUCGGUGGGUGGUGGAUUGUUUGAAGGAGGGACGGUUGCUGGACUACUCGAAGUAUCUGCUGUACACACAGCACAAACCAUCGCAACCGAAGUUGGGCUUCGCUAAGCUGGGCCCGUCUGCGAACAAUGGUAUGGAUUUGGCUAAACCAGUAGUGAAGAAUGAUGGCGAUCCAAACGACAUUAGUCGCAGCGAAUGUUUGAAUGUGUUGAAUAUGCUGAAGCACUUUCUGGAUCCAAUAGCACCGGCAGAACCGGCACCGAAUCAACAACAGGAAGAGUUAAAACAAAACGUGCCGGAGAACGAUAAAAGUCCGCUUCCAUCUGCUAAUGGACAUGGUAAGGAGUGUGCACUACCUCACUCUUCACCAGAUGUGUUUUCGGAAGAUGAUCCACUCCCAUCGGAAACGUCCGCACGCGAAUCGAGCGAAAUGGUUAAAAGUCCAGCUAAAAGCAUUCCUGCGAAAAGUGCAAAACAAUCGCUCACCGCCACGGAUCCCAACUUUCUGAAAGAGUUCUUCAACAACUCACGGCUGCAUCAUAUCGCUACGCUUGGGGCAGGCUUUAAGCAGUACGUUGGAGAAUUGCGUGAAAAAUCGACCGGUUCUUUUCCGGCUCGCGAAACAAUGGUUCAAGCGAUCCGCAACAGUGGCGCUGUGGGAGACACAGUGGAUUGUGAAUUUAGUGGCCACGAUAGGAACGCACGCUACAUUAUGCACAUCGAUAUGGAUUGCUUCUUUGUGUCGGUUGGCUUGCGGAAGUAUCCCCACCUUCGCGGUCUCCCGGUAGCUGUAACCCAUUCCCGUGGCUCUGAAGCACGCGUUCCGUCACAUCCGGGACAGAACCGUGCGUUAGAGAUCGAACUGUACCACAAGCGGCUGGAAGAGCGUUACAAAGCACCGGACAUACCGAUUGAAUCACGCCUAGCGGCUAUCGAUGAGCAUAACUCACUGUCGGAGAUUGCUUCCUGCAGUUACGAGGCACGCCGAUGCGGCGUAAAGAAUGGAAUGUUCGUUGGAGCUGCCUUGAAGUUGUGUCCGGAGUUGAAAACUAUUCCGUACGAUUUCGAUGGUUACCGGGAGGUGGCACACCAGCUUUACGACACGAUCGCUCAGUACACGCUCGACAUAGAGGCGGUUAGUUGUGAUGAAAUGUUUGUCGACCUAACGGAACUCAUCCAAUCAACCGGGAUCGACGUGAUGGAGUUUGUAACGUACGUACGGGACCGUAUAUCGACUGUUACAAGUUGUGCCUGUUCAGCGGGCAUUGGUGCAAAUCGUCUACAAGCGAGAAUGGCCACCAAAAAGGCAAAACCAAAUGGUCAGUUUCAUCUCGUUCCGGGUGCUGUUGAAGAGUACAUGCGGGCUAUUUCGAUAGCCGAUCUACCAGGCGUUGGACCAAGCACGUCACAUCGGUUGAAGAAGAUGACGUACGUUACAUGUGCCGAUUUACAAACUAUCCCCAAGAAUGUUCUGCAGACGGAGUUUGGCAAAAAGUUUGGUGAAACGCUUUACAACGCAUGUCGCGGACUGGACGACAAGCCGCUGGUGUACGAUCGGGGACGAAAGUCAGUAUCGGUUGAUGUUAAUUAUGGCAUAAGGUUCAGCACGGAACAGGAGGUAGAUCGUUUUAUGUGCCAGCUGACGGAAGAAAUUCAUCGCCGGCUUUUGGAGUUACGUGAACGGAGCAAACUCGUUACGGUGAAGUUACUGGAACGCUCACCGGAAGCACCCAUCGAGACGGCGAAAUUUAUGGGCCAUGGGUUGUGUGAUGUCGUAACAAAGUCGCAACCACUUCGCCAGUACACGGACGAUCGGACUGUGAUUGAGGAUGCGGUACUAGGGCUAAUGCGGACGCUGGCCGUUGAACCAUGCGAACUAAGAGGAAUUGGAAUUCAGCUGUCCAAAUUCGAGGGUGUAAGGCACGCGGUUGAUAAUGAAGCGGGAAACCGGUUGAAACAAAUGCUCCAGAAAGUGGAAGACAAACGAAAGCCUGCACCAGAAAUGGUUCAAGUUCCCAAGGUGUUUGGGCAGCCUGAUGAUCAGGAACCAUGCACAUCUCGUAGUAGCACCACAGCUCCUCAACCGAUACCACCAUCACCGGUAAUACAAAUUUUUAGUGGAAAGGAUGUAUCUUUGUUCAUUGAAACGCAGGCUAAUGGUUCCCUCAAUUUUCAGAAACGCAACGAAACUGUGCUUAACUCGCCUAGCAGAAAAACAGCCGGAGGAUUAAAACCAAGCAUCAGAGGCCGUCGUGGUAGACCUCCAAAAUGGGCAUCCGUGGCAGGAAGGAAGGAACAAACCAAAACCGCACAAAGCGUUAGUGGGAUGCGGAAAUUUUUAACAUCCACCACUUCGUCGUCCAGCUUGACCAACGAUCUUCCUGAUGGGCUUGAUCCGGAAGUAUUAGCUGCCCUGCCCGAAGAUAUAAGGGAAGAAGCGAUACGAGACUACAGGAGACAGCAGCAGCUGCUUGCGGCCAACAACCUCAGACAACAUCAAAUUCGAAUAGAAAAAACUCCAGUAAAGAUAUCGCCUGCCAAGGACGCAACUCACCGUGAAUGGAGGUCUCCAAUCACUCCACAAACGGUGAGCAGUGUCGGAGAUGAACAAAAAAUAAAGAUCGAGCUAAAGUUCCUAGAGGCACUGCCUCCAGAGCUUCGCAUCGAGGUGGAAAAGCAGAUUGAGCUAAACAAAGACAACAUGGUGGUAACGUGCAGCGAGCCCGAAAUCGAUGAACCUUUGCUGGUCACACCGGAUAACAGUCCGGUGAAGGAGUAUACGCCUGCAAAGUUUCCCGAUCGGAGUUAUGUUACACCCGAGCGAACACUCAAGGUCUGUAAAGCGCCCAAAGAUCCAAACAUUCUGAAGCGCCAGAACUGGAGAGAACUGGUGGAGGAAUGGGUCGACAGUACCGAGGAACCGUACGAGUACGAUGUGCAGCUACUGGUAGCGAAUGGGCAGGAACUGUGCGAGAACAAGUCGCUGGAACGGUUGUAUUUAUUUUUACGUUACUUUUAUCGAACAGUUCAGGACCAGAAAAACUGCCAUUGGCAUGGGGCAUAUUACAACGUCGUUCAUCCUAUACAAGAUCGAAUGUUGGCCACCCAUGGUAGACGGUUGGCAGUGCCAGUGAAAAUUAACUGUGAAAUGUGCAAUAAUCGUGCGAUUUAGCG